CCACAAUGAGAUUUCUGAGAGAAUCUCUCACCGGGGUCAGUCUAUUGCUGCUGUGAGGUUCGAGAGAUGUGUUGUUCUUGCAUUAGCGGUGGACAGGUAUUGUAGCCAUGACAGAACCCCAGUUUUUCCAUUUUGGAGGACACACAUGCUGAGUGAGCACUGAAAAUAAAAUAGAACAAAUCACAGAUUUUGAGUGAUAUAAUUUAGUAUUUAUUCUUCUUAAAUAAACUGAUUAAAAGUAACCUUAAAAUAUGUUCUAGUGAGGCUCAGCGUGUUCCACCAGUGUGUUAUGGUCAGGCUUGUGCUUCGCUACACUCUAAACUAGAGAUGUGAAACAUUUAAAGCAACGUAUCUCAAUAGAAGAGGAAGAAGAAAGACAAUUAACUUUUUUUGUAAAUACAGAAACUUUAAGGCAUGUUUAAAAAAAAUAAAAACAACACCUUGAAGUGGUUAAUUAUUCUGUAUGAUGUACAAAAUGAAUACUUUGAAUAUAUACUUAGACACUCAACUAGUUAAAACAGUUAAAUAAUGGUUAGACAAUCAUGGGAGAUGAGAUCCAAAGCAAACGGAAUCCCAGGACGUCCAUCCCCAGAGACAUGCCACCAGCAAACGGAAUCCCAGGACGUCCAUCCCCAGAGACAUGCCACCAGCAAACGGAAUCCCAGGACGUCCAUCCCCAGAGACAUGCCACCAGCAAACGGAAUCCCAGGACGUCCAUCCCCGGAGACAUGCCACCAGCAAACGGAAUCCCAGGACGUCCAUCCCCAGAGACAUGCCACCAGCAAACGGAAUCCCAGGACGUCCAUCCCCAGAGACAUGCCACCAGCAAACGGAAUUCCAGGACGUCCAUCCCCAGAAACAUGCCACCAGCAAACGGAAUCCCAGGACGUCCAUCCCCAGAGACAUGCUACCAGCAAACGGAAUCCCAGGACGUCCAUCCCCAGAGACAUGCCACCAGCAAACGGAAUCCCAGGACGUCCAGCCCCAGAGACAUGCCACCAGCAAACGGAAUCCCAGGACGUCCAGCCCCAGAGACAUGCCACCAGUAAAUGGAAUCCCAGGAUGUCCACCCCAGAGACAGGCCACCAGUAAAUGGAAUCCCAGGAUGUCCAGCCCCAGAGAAAUGCAACGAGUAAAUGGAAUCCCAGAAUGUCCAGCCCCAGAGACAUGCAACGAGUAAAUGGAAUCCCAGAAUGUUCAGCCCCAGAGGCAUGCAAUGAGUAAAUGGAAUCCCAGAAUGUCCAGCCCCAGAGGCAUGCAACGAAUAAAUGGAAUCCCAGAAUGUCCAGCCCAAAAGGCAUGCAAUUACGCUCACUCUGCUUUUCAUUAUCAACCCGAACUCAGGAAAUUCAGGUUUUAUUGUAAAUUAGCACACUUCAAUGAAGAUGUAAAGGUGCCUGGACGUUGCCAGCAGUGUUUCACUGUGGAGUAUUAGAGCGUUUGCAAACGGUCUUACAUGACAUAUGUCCCCAGAUGCUGGUGAAUGAGGAAGAGUUAGUGAUUGGCUGAGUGUCAGCUGAUACAAACACAAGCAAAUAUACGUACAUUUCUAUCCUUUAUCGCAAUGGGUGGCAGUGAUAGACUUAGCAGCUGAUUCUCUCAGCUCAUGUUCAUAAACACUUUAAGGUAAAACUGUGCCAGGGUACUCAAGGCACCAUAACUACAUUAUUGAGAGUUUUCAUGGUACCUGAAGUGUGCCUUUAAUGCAGGCAUUAUUGCAGCAGGUAUAAUACAAGGCCAGAAUUGUGCUGCAGGCUAUUGUAGGCAAUUUAAUUAGGUAAGUGCAUACCCCAUUGACAAAGAACCAUUGGAUCUUUGCUAUAGGUAAGAAUAUGUUAUUUAAAAACAAAGCAAUUUAAUGAAUUCAAGCUGCCAGGGAGGAGAGCAGCCUGGAAGUCACGUAUUGAUUCUCCGUGUGAACAACCUUGCAGGCUGAACACUGGGCACGGCCGUCCGAUAAACGACAUCCACUGCAUUAGGUCUCUGUCUCAUUAAACUUCCUCUUUCGGUAGCUCUGCACCAGACCUGAGGCUGUAAUCUGGGCAGCUCUUCCCCUUUCCCAACUCUGAAAUGCAUUCAGCCCUUUCUGGCCAUCUCGGAAUAAGCCUCGUUCCAAUUCAUCCAACCGUGACACCAAGCCAGAAGUAUCCUCGUUGUAAGCAUUUUGUGAGGAGUCCAUAAUACGCCGGAAACGGCCCACAAAAGUCUAAAGAGAGUGGAAGAGAAGAUAAUCAACGCUUUAUUACUAUUGGUUUUAUGCAGGAAGCUGGCUUAGUGGAUGCUCGAGGGAGAAUAGGGAAUACAGAACUGUGGAAAAUGUAUUCAGUGAAGAUAGAGGAGGAUGGUUUUUAACAAGCUGCUAAAUGUAAUGGACUAACCCAGAUUUACAGCCUGUUUUGCAUCGAUACUGUCAAAAUGGAUACAUGGCUGUGACAGCUACACUCCUGUAAUACCAUACUUCAAGGGACACUCCAGGCAGCUAAACAAGUUAAAUCAAAGCUAAUAAAAUUCCUUUAGUUUGUUUCUUUUCUUUCAGUUCUGUGUAGGUUUCCGCCAGUGCUGUAAAAUGUUUUGCUCAUUAGAGCAGUGUAACCCAGCCUCCUUAGCCACACCCCUCUCACAUUUCAACAUGUUCCUAAUUCCCAGUCUCUGAAAGAAACAUACCUUUUGCAGCCAAUGAAAAUAGAGGCAUGUCUUAUCCAGUGUAAAGAAUGCUCACAGCACAAACUGCACUGCAGAGACACAGCUAGUAAUGCAAGUAAUACAGUCUCCUCGAGCCCCUGUCAGCCAACCUCCUUACCUACUGUUAAUCCAUCCUUAAUCCCUUCAUUGCCAGCUAACUUCCCUACCCCCUCUUAUCCUGUCCCCUGCCAGCCAACCUCCAUACCCACUGUUAACCCCUUCC